AUGGAGAGGAAGCAAAUGGACUGGCGAAGAGAUCUGAGCAGAAGAUCUUCUUUUAUCGCUUCUCUGCAACGCCUCGCGAGGUCUACCGUUGGGCGACGACCUGUGGUGAAAGCUAAGCUCGCCGUGGCAUGGCUGCUUAGUUUGGGGAAAAGUCUUUCUGCCACUUCAGCAGAUACACUGCCUCAGUACCCUGCACACUGGGCCCUGCCGUCUCAGACGUCGGACGGUAAGGCGACCGGCGACACACGCACGACUCGCCAUGGAGACUGUCUCAGACUGUAUAUUUACAACGCGAGAACAGUUUCCACAGACGCUGACCUGCAUGCCCUUCUCGGAGCUGCAGAGCGUAUCAAAUUUCACGUGAUUGCUCUGCAGGAGACCAAGUGCAGAAGGAGCGACGUACGACAGAUGAAUGACGGUACACUCGUCAUUCGUGGAGAGAAGGUUCCGUCGCGAAACGUAGGCGGUGUUGGUUUUGUUGUGCACCCAUCUGUCGUCCAUCUUGUCGAUUCUCACGAGAUCCUGUCACCUCGUUUGGCCAUUCUUCGCCUCCGCCCUCUGCGCCAAAAACCCAUCAGUAUCAUCAACUGCUACUCACCAACAUCAGCAGCUGAUGAUUCCGAAUUGGACGCGUUUUACGAGGAGCUGGAGGAAGUAGUCCGCAAUGAGAAGUCCUUCUACAAAUUCGUUGUCAGAGUCUUCAACGCAAAACUAGGAAAGGCCACAGAAGAGGAAUACAGGAUUGGAAGAUUUGGAUUAGGGGAUCGGAAUGAAAAUGGCAAUCGUCUCGCCGGGCUGUUGUCCGCCGCUCGCCUCUUUCAUGGGAACUCUCUUUUCAUGAAAAAAAAUCAUCGUCGGUGGACAUGGGAAUCGCCCAAUGGCGCGACUCGUGCGGAGAUCGACCACAUACUCACCAACCGGAGGUGGUGUCUACUUGACUUCUCAGUAGCACCAUCCUUUUGUAGUGGUUCUGAUCACCGUCUCCUUCGUGCAAAAAUACGACUUAGCAACACGAUGGAAAAGAACAUCUGCUAUCGGCAAAGAAGGGGAAAAGAAGUUGUCUACAACGAUUGCAUACUCGAGUACUCCUUGUUCCAAGGUGACUGGCACAUCGAGGAGGACCCAAACGUGGACUACGAGAUGUUGCUCAGAGGAUUACGAGCUUGUGCUGAACGUGCCUCGAAGCCGCGCACGACAAACUUGGAUUGA